AUGGUCACACUUCCAUCCUUUCUUUCUGAUUUAUUUAGUCAACUACUUUUGUCCACCAAUCUUUCUUCAUCCACUGUGACAUCUGUUCGAGGACAAUCAUUCAGUAACCAAGAAGAUCAAUUCAUGUGCUUGGCAUGGCUUGAAAUUUCUCAAGACCCAGUCUUAGGCACAUGUCAAAAGAAAGAUAAGAUGUGGGAAAGGAUCACAGCAGUAUUCCAUAAAAAGGAAGGUGAUAGACCACAAACACCAAGGUCUCUAGAAUGUCGUAUGGACACAAUUAAGAAGUUGACUCAAGCUAGAAUCAUGUACGGAGAAGAUGUUAAAGAAAGGAAAGGAUUUCAGUUCGAUCAUGUUUGGACGAUCCUCAAGGAUGCCGAGAAAUGGGCUGACCCUAAAUCCAAUCAUGCUGCAGCUUGGAGCAUCUCUGAAGGAUCAGAAUCAAACACGCAAAGUCGGCCUAAUGCAACAGAGGACAUUAUGGAUCUCAACACGGAGAGUGAAAGUUUUAUGAACACGAGAGAUGGCCAGUCUCCCACAGACAGCCCAGCAAGUCAGCCUGUUGGAAGAAAGAAGUAG